AUGGUCCUAGAACUUCAUGUCUGGGGACCGGCCUUUUCCCUGCCCUCAAUUGAUGCCCAAUGUCUUGCAGCAAUUGCCUACUUUUCCCUUGUGGUCCCCAAGGACCGAUGGGUGCUGAUCGCGAGUAGUGAUCCUUCCGUCUCGCCGAGCAAUGAACUGCCCGCGUUGCGGAAUGGGAAUACCUGGGUGAGUCGGUUCUCGAAUAUCGUGGAUUACCUCCGUCAGUACUCGGAUGGGGAGUGGCAGCUUGAUGGGGAACUGAGCGGAUUGAAACGGGCGGAUAGUAUUGCCUUCUCUUCCUUCAUCGAAGCCCGCGGACAACCACUCCUCGACCUCUCCCUCUACGUCUCUAGCCGGAAUUACUUCGCGAAUACAUCGCCCGCAUACGCAGCUAUUCUCCAGUGGCCAAACCAAUGGAUCAUCCCUCCUAAAGUGCGCUCGGCCGCGAAAGCCCGAACAGAACACCUGGGUCUCUCGUCUCUGGAUCUGGUCGCCGUCGAGGAACAGAAAGAACGGGAACGCUCCGCUGCUGUCACCACAGGACAGAUACCCAAGAACCUCAUCCAGAGACCGCGCGACACUGUUUCAAGCCUGCUAGGACGAACGUCGCAGCAGCAUCAGUUCAAAUUAGACGCCUUGACGACGGACGUGUUUGAGCUUCUCGAGACCCUCCUCGCGGACAAGCCGUAUCUACUCACCGAGGACCGCGCGACAGGCCUGGAUUGUCUGGUUCUGGGAUAUCUCUCUUUGGCUCUUUUUCCAGAACUUCCGCAUCCCUGGCUUCGGGAUGCGAUCCGGUCCAAAGCUCCCAAGUUAGCGCGCUACACUGAGCGUAUGCGCCGAACGUGUUUCGGGUCCAGCGUCACCGUUUCAGACGCCUUCAAGGAUGGCAACAAUAAUAUCGCUGACGCCGUUUCCUUGCCGUGGAAAGCUCCCGAGCGUGUCUCCUUUACUGCUAUUGGGUCCACCCUCCUCAACACGCUCGCAGAUGCUACACCGAUCUUGAAAGACCUGCGCGUGAGCAAGCGGCUACGCGAGGCCGCCGAGUCGCCAGACUCUGGAUUUUCGCGCGAGGAGAGUAAGGCCGUCACCGAAUACGCGCGGGCGAAGAAGACGGAUCUUCUUGUCUCCAUUGCGUCAGUGGCGGCUGGCAUUGCAGCCUUGGUGGGGUAUGCUUUCCACGUAGGGCUUUUGACUGUGGGCAAUCCUGAUGAGGAAGAGGAGGAAGCAUAUGAAGGAUAUGAAGGGGAUGGCACGGUGGAGGGGCUUAGCGGGAUGCAGGCGGGAGAUUUUCUAAGUGUUCUGUAG